GUGACAUUGACACUAGUCAGAUUUCACUCAAUAUUUGACAUUUGUAUCCUUUUUUAUAAAUAAAUAUAGAAAAAUAUGUUUCUUUAGUUAGUUAAUUGAUUGUAUAAACAAUGGCAAACAAAAUGGACGAAUUGAAGCAUAAAUUGCUAUCGCUAAUAAAUAAACAGCCCCCAAAAAUCCCGUCUAUGGGUUUCAACGACGCUAAUUACCAUUUCUCCGAAGUCUCCACGCUCUCUAUCAAUAGCAAAACCGUGCAGGAGAUCGACAGACCCGCCGAUCAAGAUAUUUUGGAAAGCAUAGAAGCAGCUUAUUUUUCAAUAAACCCGGAUUUCGAUAUUUGCAAAUUUGAGCUGCAAAAACUGCCUGAAGUGUUGGAUUGCGAUCAAAUCCAGAGGGACUUUAAAAAUUUGAAGCAGCAACACCAAGUAGUGUCCAAAAAAGUGUUGCAAUUGAUCCUGGAGCAUCAGACAGGUUGUAACGGGGAAUUCGAAAAGAUUACUGAGAUUCUGGAAAGGGUUAAGGAGGCGUUAGAGUUGUGCAGGGCAAGUAGGAAGGAGUUGAAGGUUUCUGGAAGUCAGUUUACUGAUAGUUUAGGUAUUUUAGCGAAUUAUAGAAAGAGGAAGAUAGCUCAAAAUUUGUUGAAUAAUUUGACUACUAUUAAGGAUUUGCACAGUUUUGAAAAAAGAUGUCAAACCAUGAUGUCUGAAGAGGAUUUCGUUGGUGCUAUUACAGAAUUGAAGAGGUGUCAAAAGACUGCUGCGAAAUAUAGACAUUUUAGUUGUGUGGCUGCAUUGACUUAUAAAUUAUUAGAAACAUUGGAGAAUACCGAUUCUCAGUUGGAUCGGAUUUUAGCUCAGAUUUGUUUCCAUUUCGACAAGGAACGUUACAGAAAGUUACAGGCCGCGUACGAUUUGUUGGAAAAAUCGCAAUUAUCCAUGAUCGACAACCUGCACGUCCAUUACAUCACGGCCAUUUACAAUUGCUCUCUUAACGUUGUACAUUCGUAUAUUUCGUCACCAGAUAUUUUAGAAUCAAGCGAAAAUAGCGGGAAAAAUCCCUACACCGUUCUAUGUCAGUCAAUAGGUCAAGAAGUAUUCAUCCCUUGUCUCGUCCAAUUGUGCAAAAUCCUUUUCAAAAUAGUUCUGAGCUAUCACCAGCUCGUUAAAUGGCAUAACGCCGAUACCGAGGUAGAUAAUCAAGAAAAACACACCGACAUCAGCGCCAGCAAACAAAAACUCAAUCACAAUCUGACCAAAAUAUGGGACGACGUGCAAAGGAAAGUCUCGAGUUUGUUGCUGAACGGAGAUUUGGCUCGAUACAAGUUCGAACAGUUCGUUCAGGUGCUCAGAGUCAUUCAUAGGUUAAUACAAGUCGGCGAAGAGUUUUGCAACAGUAGAUCGGAAGAUUUACAGGAAUCCAUAAGGAAACAGAGCGAGAAUUACUUCAUGAACUACCAUUCGCAAAGAUUGGACGAAUUAAAGAUAUUUUUAGAGAACGAGGCGUGGGAAAUUUGUCCUGUUAAAUCUUCGUUCGAUAUAAUGCAACUGCAGGAGUUCAAACCGUUCCGGUACACUUUGAAGACGUUCAAAUUCAAUCCGCAAGCCAGUCCGACGGCCGUCAACUAUUCGACCAACUCGACCGAAUGUUGCUCGUCUACGCACUCGCUAGAUGGCAGCAGCAUCAUCGGGAAUUACUUUAUAAGGUUCGCGGAGCAUGGUACGCCCUUCGAUACCGGUUUGGACGAUACUGUAAUCGAAGAGGAUAUUAUGGUGUCGGAAAAUGAGGGUUCUGGGUACUUUUCGGAUGAAAGCGACGAUGUCAACAUGGAGAUUUGUGGGGAUGAGUUUUCUGAAGAUUCAAAGCAAUUACACAAAGACAAAAAAGAAAAAUCGCAUUCCACCUGCCCAAUCUUGACCAAUACCACUCUAACGGUGUUACGUCAAAUCGGCAAGUACUUACAGAUGUCCCGUUUGCUGAAACCCAUAGCGUACAGGAUAAUUUCCUGCAUGAAUCAAUUGUUCGAUUACUACUUGUACUCUGUGCACUCGUUUUUCACCGUCGACCUGUGCGUCGGCGGUACGAAUCUCUACACUCAGGAGCUGAACGUGACGCUGAGUCGAAUUUCCAGGGAACUGAUAGUCGAAAUGCAGGGCGAAGGCGAUGUUUCCGACGGUAGGGUGUUCAAACCGUUGAUUUCGCCGAUGAUCGAUCUCAAAAAUGUGGAGAAAUUGAACGGUUUGAGCGAGAGGAUCGUCGCCGUCGAAAGUUUGGCGUUUUUGGCCAAGCAGUACGAAUUUUUGCGUGAUUAUUUGGAGUAUUUAGUGCCUCUGAAUUGUAAGACUGCUUUAGAACAGUUUUAUGCUCAAACCAUUACUAGUGCAUCGGAUUUGCGAAAUCCAGUUUAUAUGGCAGUGGUCGCACAAGCGUUUGAUCUGAGACAAAUUUUGACGUGUAUGGCGAAAAUAAACUGGGAAGUCAGAGAUGUUAGAUCGAUGCAUAAUUCCUACGUUGACAUGUUAUUACGGGAAGUGCAAAUAUUUACUAUAAGAUUGGAGGAGAUAUCUGUUAAAGUUCCGAUAGCUACUGAAGUUUAUCAAAGUUUAUGGAGCAACGUGGCUCAUAUCGUUACCCAUACUUUAGUGCAAGGAUUCUCAGAAGCAAAAAAGUGUACGAACGGUGGAAGGGCUUUGAUGCAAUUAGAUUUCACUCAAUUUUUAACAAAAUUCGAAAAAAUAUCCUCUCUUAAGCCCGUGCCGCAUAAAGAGUACGUUGAAAAUUACGUAAAAGCUUAUUAUUUGCCGGAUAAUGAAUUAGAAAAAUGGAUAAAGGAACAUAAGGAAUAUUCAUCUAAGCACUUAUUGGGUCUGGUGAGUUGCGCGUGUCAAAAUAACAAAAAGAUACGUCAGAAGUUACUUCAAAUCAUCGAAGACAUGGAAAAGAGCAAAUUUCCUAGAUAACAUUUUGAUUUUCGUUUAUAUAUCUGUACAAUUCCACUAUGCAAUUUUUCUCUCUCAUUAUGUGAUAUUGUUACAUAUUUUGUAGUUUUAAGUUUAAAUAAUAGCGUAUUUAUUGAAAUGUUGAGUGAUAUUUUUGUCGAGUAAAAGUAUUUUAUCGAUUCCACUGAAAGAAUAUUUGAUAUAUGUAUUUUUUGUAACGU